AUGCCCCAGAAUGAAGCUCAGUACACAGUGUCACUCUUAAACUUCUGGUGCUUGCCCACCACAGCCCAACAGGAUAUAUUGUUGAUAAAUGCUGCUGAAGGGGAGAAUGUGCACUUACGUAUCCUCAACAAACCUCCUGAUGCAAUACACCUCUUAUGGUACAGAGGUGAAUUCCUGGACAACAAACAUAUAAUUGCAUUUCUCACAGAAACCUCAAGUUACCAUAUAAGUGGUCCAUCCACUGGACGAGUAACAAUAAAACGUGAUGGGUCUUUGCUGUUAAAGAAGGUCACCAAGAAAGAUGCAGGAAUCUACACUGUAGCAGUGGAAAAAGAAAAUUCCCAAACAUUAAUAGGAUAUGUGAAGCUAAGUGUAUACCGGCAUGUGAGAAAGCCCACCAUCCGAGCCAGCAACAACACAGUCACAGAGGAUAAGGAUGCUGUGGUCUUUACCUGCUACUCAGAUGCACACACCAUCCAGUGGUUGUUCAAUGGCACAGAACUGCAGCCCACAGAGCGAAUGAAGCUGUCCCAGGACCACAGAAGCCUCACUAUAGACCCAGUCAAGAAGGAAGAUGCUGGGAAUUACCAGUGUGAAGCCUCCAACCCCAUCAGUUCUGUUGCAAGUGUGGCCCUUGAGCUGGAUGUGAAAUUUGAGUGA